CCUAUGUAUCUUAUAUUCUUAUUGGUUGGAAGACUUACUAUAAUUUGGGGUGUGAUUAACACAAAAAUAUGUCAGACUCUUUCCUCUCAUUGCUUAUUCUCUUGGUUCUUUACAUUUUUUCAGCCUCAGCCCAACCUUAUGAAGACUAUGACGACAAGUCAUCCCUUUACUCCACAAAAAGUGACACUGUCUUCUCUCUCGAAGUCCCAACAUUAGAUGAAACCACCUUUGAUAAUCUCCUAUCCUUUGGUUACUACCGUAAAACCUGCCCCCAAUUCGAGUCCAUCCUACACAACAAAGUCAAAGAAUGGAUCCUGAAGGACUACACUCUAGCAGCUAGUCUCAUGAGGCUCCACUUCCAUGAUUGCUCUGUCAGGGGAUGUGAUGGUUCCAUUCUGUUGAAGCAUGAUGGAAGCGAGAGGACAGCACAUGCUAGCAAGACACUGAGAGGGUUUGAAGUGGUGGAUGAUAUCAAGGCAGAGUUAGAGAAACAGUGCCCCAAGACUGUGUCUUGUGCUGACAUUCUCACUGCUGCUGCAAGGGAUGCCACGUUUGAGUUAGGUGGGCCUUAUUGGGCUGUUCCUUAUGGUAGGAAAGAUGGGAAGGUAUCCAUUGCUAAGGAAGCUGAUAUGGUGCCUAUGGGCCAUGAAAACAUUACUUCCUUGAUUGAGUUUUUCCAAUCCAGGGGCAUGACAGUGCUUGACUUGGUUGUUCUCUCAGGGGCUCAUACCAUUGGAAGAAUUUCAUGUGGCUCCAUUCAAUACAGGCUGUACAACUACCAAGGAACAGGCAAACCAGACCCAACCCUAGAUCCCAAGUAUGUAAACUUCUUGCAAAGUAAGUGUAGAUGGGCCUCAGAGUAUGUGGAUCUUGAUGCUACAACACCAAAGACCUUUGACAAUGUUUACUACAUUAAUCUCCAAAAGAAAAUGGGGUUGUUAUCUACUGAUCAGUUGCUAUACUCUGAUCCAAGGACUUCUCCCCUUGUUUCUGCAUUGAUUGCUUCUCACUCAGUUUUUGAGCACCAGUUUGCUGUGUCCAUGGGAAAGCUUGGCAUUGUUGAUGUUCUCACAGACCAGGAUGAAGGAGAAAUCAGGACCAACUGCAAUUUUGUCAAUGCUUAUUGAUUAACUCAAUGUUUUGCUUUGAAUGAUUUUUUAUUUGUACUUGGAAAAUGUUACCACUUACCACCCAGUUUCUUCUUUUGUGCAUGCUAAUACUUUGAAAUUGUUAAAUCAAUUCAUCUGCACUUUUGGUUA